GACUGCUGUCGCCAUGACAACCAGGUGAUCAGCUCACCUGGAGCAGAGCAGACACAGCAGAGACUGAGACACUUUCUGCUGCUUCAGCAUGGACACGGCUGCACUCUUCUACGGACUCGUGUUUAUCUGCUGCCAGUUCACAGAGAAAUCUUCAGCUGAAGAGUUUGUGUCGUCAGGUUUAGAGGAAUCUGUCGUUGAGUCCGAGUGUCGGGAUCGGUACCUCUGGAUCCACGUUCGCUCGCUGCAGACGCCUCGCUUUGAGGCCAAAGAUGUAAAUGGCGUCCACUCUCUCAGCGAGCCACUGGCGUCUCGCUGUGGUUACACCAUCAGCACCUUCAGAAUGGACAGCUUCACCACCGUCAGAGCUUCAUACUACUCCUGCUUCACCCAAACCCAGAACGACGAGGUGUUCACCUUCAGCUUUAACGUGAUCGUGAGCGACGCUGGGGGAAAGUGGAUCAGCUGGCCGGUUUCUGCCGUCUGUUCUGGUCUGACCUGGACUCACAGAGAGAUCAUCUGCGAGGAGGACUACAUGGAGGUGAACGUGGACAGAGAGUCUUCGUGUGGAGGUCAGCGGGGGGACAGCGGAGAGAUGUGGCACGCUGCUUUCUCUCAGGCGCAGAGGAUGGCGAGUUCUGUGUGGCAGCUGAUGUUCCUCCAGAGUGAUGGACAGGUUUCUUCCAUGUCCAUCAGUGAAGCCCAGCGGGGGGGCUACAGCCUGACGACGGGCGCCCAGAGGGUGGCGCUCCGCUCGCAGUACAAACAGCCGCACGCCCAGCUGACUACGGUGGACGGCGUCCCCGUGGAGGUUGUCCGGGUUUCUCUGUUCUUUAAAAAGAAGAUGACGGUGAUGAUGAUCGACAUGUCCAUGGCCUGCACAGUCAAUUCCGGUUCUUUCGACGGCGCCCGGCUGCUGUGGGACGUCCCGCUGGUCGUGCCCCCGCUGGUCGACGAGGGAGCAGUGUUUGAAAGCCAAAGUCUCGGUCUGGGGCUGGAGGGGGUCCUUCUGGACGAACACACCGCCAGAACCAGAGGAUACAGUCUGGUCCAGCGAGGCCCAUUGGUCCAGAUCGGAGUUCCUUUCGGGGCGGAGGGCGGCUACAGGAAGAGCUCUGUGGUGAACAAUAUGUACAAGGAGACGUUUGUGAUCUUCCUGCUUUACGAACACGUCUUCUCUUUGCUGUAUGAAGACGGAAGCAUCGACACGAGACACCGAAUGCUCCGAGUUCUCGACACGCCGCUGCUCUGCCGCCAACCCUUCCACCUCGACCAGACUGUAAGUGAUGACCGGGUGUUCAGCGUCUACCUGGGAAACAUCCCUGCUGACGUUACGUUGGAGGACGUCAGUAUCAACGGUAACCAGCUGAUGAUGUCACAGAGCGACAUCAUCAGUCCUGUCUUUCACAACAACGGUAGCCGAGCCUACGAACUCCGGCUGCCCUUCGAGGACGCUGUCGUCCGCUGGAUGUACCUGGGUCAGGGUGUGGUGCAGUACUCCAUCGAUGUAAACUUCACACUUACUAUCAUGCCUCAGAAAGACUCGUACUACCACCUCGUCUCCAUCAAAGCACGAGCAUUAAACACGUUUCCUCCAGAGAUUACGGCUCAGUGUUCAGGCGGAGGAAUCACCUUCAGCGUGGUCAUACCGCCGCAAGCAGAGCGUAUCUGGGAGGUGGGCGUCGGCCACGAGGCUCUGACAUCAGAAAUGGCCGCCCAAAGAGGGUACCGCCUUCACGGCGAUGCCUUCAGGACCACGCUGGAAGUCCCAGCAUUCUCCGUCGGAUACACCUACGAUGGUGUCACAUUGUCAAACUUUUACGGAACAUUUCGGCUUCUUCUGAGAGACUCCAAAACGUUGGAGGUCCAGACAUCCACCUCCAAACGCUGCCUCUUCAAGACCGAGGACAUGAUAGUGUGUUCAGCCGACGGGACCAUGGUGGUGGUGACCACGCCCACCGCCACCUGGCCCUCGGUGCAACCCGACAGAACCACUCUGUUGGACCCCAACUGCAAGCCCAAACAGACGGAUGGAUCCAGAGUCCUGUUUGAGUUCAACUUGGACUCCUGUGGGACCAGAGCUCUGGUCGGGGAGUCGUACAUGGUUUAUGAGAACGAGAUCCUCCACGACAGACAGCUGAUUUCAGACGGACCAAACGUAAUCUCCAGAGAAUCUCAGUUCAAGUUGACGGUGCGGUGCUUCUAUCCGCUCAGCGGAAUAAACAGACUGUCUGUUGACCAAGUCUUCACAUCGGAGACGCCAGGACUCGGAUCAAUCAAAGUCUUCAAGAGCCUCAAAGGUGACCCAGAUUCAGCAGAUAAACUCCCUGCCACAGACUGCUUGCAUCAGGUUUCUGGAAAUGCUUUCAACAUCCCGACUAACCAGGUCCACCAAACGGCGGAGCCGGCAGCCGGGGCAGUCCUGCCUCUCAGUCAGAACCAUCGUUUUCAAACCUCUCGGCUUCAUCCGGCUCCGUACAGCGCAGAACUACACAACAGCUACAUCCCUGCUGAUACCAAACACAUCACAGCCAAAAACACAGAGUCCAGCUUGUCACCGGCGUCUGAACCGACCUCUGCUGCAACCGGCCGGGUCGGCCCGAACCCGGAAAGACCCGGAGUGCAGAACAUCCGAGUCAAACCUCCGAGCAGGUUUUUUUCUUCUGGACUUCAGCUCAACCAGGAACCUGUUUUCCACCAAGCAAACUCCCAAAUCUCUAAUCCCACAGCUGUCAGCAUGGACGGAAACCGCUGGCCGCCCCGACAGCUUCCUGGACACAGAGGCCCAAACGUCCGAGACGAGAGAACAGAUCUCUCAACUCUAGACCACCAGAGACUACCUGGUCCAUCUCCAGACCACCAGAGACUACCUGGUCCAUCUCCAGACCACCAGAGACUACCUGGUCCAUCUCCAGACCACCAGAGACUACAUGGUCCAUCUCUACACCACCAGAGACUACCUGAUCCAUCACUAGACCACCAGAGACUACCUGAUCCAUCACUAGACCACCAGAGACUACCUGGACCAUCUCCAGACCACCAGAGACUAUCUGAUCCAUCACUAGACCACCAGAGGCUACCUGAUCCAUCGCUAGACCACCAGAGACUACCUGGUCCAUCUCCAGACCACCAGAGACUACCUGGUCCAUCUCCAGACCACCAGAGACUACCUGGUCCAUCUCCAGACCACCAGAGACUACCUGGUCCAUCUCCAGACCACCAGAGACUACCUGGUCCAUCUCCAGACCACCAGAGACUACCUGAUCCAUCUACUGACCACCAGAACCAACAGAAAGUUUAUCUGUACCCAAACCAGCAGAAACGAGUCGAGUUGGCGCUUGUCCAGUCUGUAUCUGAGACAGGAAACGGGGGAGGACAGGAAGUCCCUCAGACAGGAGCGUCAAACCUCAGAAUCGCUCCCGGCCUCUCAGGAAGACUCCAAACCUGGCACCAACCCAAACUACAGAACCUGCAGAACCUCAGCGUCCCGAACUCUCCCAGUGCAGGGGGAACAGGGUUCACUGGUUCUGACCUGCAGACCGCCGGGUCGGACUGUGGCGCUCAGUACGGAGCCAGUGAUCACCAAGGCAUCCUGAGAGGUCAACGGCUCCGCUGAUGAAGAAGAGAAACUCCGUCUGCAGAACCUGACUCAAUAAAGCUUCAGUCUGUUCACAUUCA